CCAUGAAAAUGUUUUUCUUCCCCCAAUGGAAAGAGGGGUUUGGGGUUUGUUUGUGUGGUUAUUUUCCAGAGCCAGCUUUGCCUCACGCUCCCAGGAUGGAGCCCCUGGAAGUGCCCCCAGCAGAGCCUCCUGUGCUGGAAACUCCCCAGAAGUUCUUCCUGCGGGUCAAGUGGCAGCAGCAGCAGCAGCACCAAGCUACACCACCUUCAACCCAAAGGCAGCAGAAUGUUCCUCCUUGCAGAGGUGCAGAGGAUCCCUCGGGGCAGGCUGCUUGUGCUGAGCAGGCAGGGAAUGGGCCUGCAGGGGAGCUGGACUCUGAUAAGGAUGAUGUGGAUGUUUUCCUGGUGGAAUCUGUCGAGGUGGAUGCUGAUGGAGAAAUGUCUCAAAGGACAGUGGCUUCUCCUCUGCAAGUGAAAUCCCCCCCUUGGGAAUAUGAGGAUCAGGCAGAAGGAAGGUGGGGAAAUGCAGAAGCAAAAUGUACAGAGUUUGAUGAAGAGAGGAGAGAGCUGCAGCCCAGCAAAAAACCAGCUGCUCCAGCAGGGGAAAAGGCACCAGCGACUAAUCCUGCAAACCCCUCGCAGCCCCUCUGUAGCAUCUUGCUCUCCUCUCCAGUCCACAUUCCAAGGAAGCAGAAGAGGGCAGAAGAACCCAAGGUCCCUUUGGAUAAAGCUCCUGCUGACCAACCUGCUGGCAAAGCGCACAAAGAGAAAAACAUCUGCCUGAGCAGCUGGAGGAUUAAAGUGCUGGCUGGAAACACGGCAAUCUGUGUGGAAGGGAAAAGGAAGGACAUGAGGCAGCAGCUGUGGCACAGCAGCGCCAUCGCGGAGCGCGUCACUCACAACCAGGUGCAGACCUCCUCGGGGGCUGUGUACCUGCUGCAGGGCAAGAUUGACUCAGCUGCCAUGAGGAGGGAAGGCUUCCCCCACCGCUUCAUCAAGAAAUUCACGUUUGGCUUCUCCAGAAGGUGGAAGGAGUACGUGGAGGAGCUCCUGGAGGAAAGGAGGAGGAAAGAAGGAGCUCAAGAGAGUGGUGGGGAGGAGAAUGAGGAGAAUGACUCCGUGGGGGGAACUGAUGUGUUGGAACCUGCAGGAGGCUCAGUGAGCAAAGCCAGGAAACCUGCACUGAGGAACUCCACCUAUGAGGUAUCACCAGAGAACCGUGAGAACAUCUUUGUUACACCAAGUCAGAACUCCAGGAGUGACUCCAGCGGGGUCUACACCCGCAGCGGGCGCCUCGUCAAACCCCCCCUGAACUACUGGUGUGGCCAGAGGGAGUUUGUGGAUCAGGGGCUCAAUGUCACCAUACAAAAUGGAUGGGUGGAUCAUCUGAACCUGAUCCCUAGUAGUGAAAAACCCAAAAGAAAGACCAGGUUCAUCUCCAAGAAUAAACGAAAGGAAGACAUGAAGACAACAAAGGAAAUGCCGAAAAGCAAAAGUAAAGGGAAAGGCAGCGGGAGAGGAGCCGCUCCCCGGGGGGAGCCCAGGCCUGCCUGCAGCAGGAGGGGCAGGCGGCUCCUGUCGGAUGAGGAGGAGAAUGAUCCUGGAGUCAGGGGCACAAAAACCAAACCACCCCAGCUCCCUGCCCGAGGGGCUUCCUCAAAGCCCAAGGAGCUGAACAAACACGGCAGCAGAGCCCCGGGGGCAGCGCAGAGAGCAGCAGCAUCUGCAGGGCGGAGCAUGCACGAGCAGGGCUACAGGAACUCCCUCAGGUCAGCCAAGGAGAGGAUUCUCCUCACCCAGCAGCCCUCAGAGGAUGAGGAGGAGCAGUCCAGUGAGGACACCCCACUGCUGAUCAGGAGGAAGAAGAAAUCUAUAUUAAAACCAGAGCCUCAAAAGCAGAAUCCUUGCCCUGGCUCCAGAGGCUCCUGGGAUGAUGCAAACAAGGCCUGUGGCCAAAGGACAGCAAAGCCCUCCCAGCAUGUGCUGGUGAGGCUGAGUGGGCCCUGGUCCAGUGAGGAGUCUGAGCCCCCUUCUGAAGGGAGAACAUCCUCCGAGUCCAGUGCUUCCCUCCUGCCUGCCCGGGCCAGGAGGGCACGGGGCAGUGCCAGCCCUGCCAGGUACCGGCUCCGUUCCGACACCGAGCCCGAGGAGAUGCUCAGCGAGGACACCGACACCAGAAAAACAAACCAUGGAAACCCCAACACUGCCAGGUACUGCCUCCGUUCCGACACCGAGCCCGAGGAGAUGCUCAGCGAGGACACCGACACCAGAAAAACAAACCAUGGAAACCCCAACACUGCCAGGUACCGGCUCCGUUCCGACACCGAGCCCGAGGAGAUGCUCAGCGAGGACACCGACGGCAGAGCACCCCCUGAAACAACAAAUUACGGAGGCUUCAACACUGUCAGGUACUGCCUCCGUUCCGACACCGAGCCCGAGGGGAUGCUCAGCGAGGACACCGACGCCAGAGCGCCCCCCGUAAAAACAAACCACGGAGGCCCCAGCACUGCCAGGCCUGCAGCAGCAAAGCCCAGAGACACGAGGGGGCAGAACUCUCUGGAACUCUUUGCAAGGGCGGGUGAUGGCUGGUCUGAGAAGGAAUUACAGAAGCUUCACAAGGCCAUCGCGGCGCUCCCCAAGCACAGGAGCGGCUUCUGGCAGGAGGUGGCCAUGGCCGUGGGGUCCCGCUCUGCCCAGGAGUGCCAGGGGAAGUACCUGGAGGAGCAGCAGGAGACAGCCAACAAACAGCAGCCCAGGAAAACCACAGUGGGAAAAGCUGAGAGCAAAGAUCCUGCAGAUAAGAAGCAGCCAGUGAUCACUGCCAAGGUGGGCACCCUCAAACGGAAGCAGCAGAUGAGGGAGUUCCUGGAGCACUUGCCCAAGGACAACCACGACGACAUCUUCAGUGCAACUCCCCUCCAGAAGAGGAGGGUCCAGCUGCCAGCACUGCGAGGGAGCCGGGAAGGGGACACCGAGGAUUUCGCCCUCUCGGAGCUCCCGCUCAGCCCCUCCUCAGGCCUCUUUCCCCCUGUGAAAACCCCACAGUGUGGGCACAUCAGCCCGGGAAUGCUGGUCCCCAUCAACAGGAGUGACUACGACCGGCACGUGUUCCGCAUGCAGAAGAACACCCGGGGCAGCAGAGGCACCUGGGACAAGGUCAAGAAGAAGUCGGCCGGAGCUGUGCACGAGACCCCGGCUUCCUGCAGAACCAAGAGAGUCACCCCGGCCCCCGUGGUGGGGAAUCUCUUCACGGCUGAGACUGCAAACUCGUCCUGCUCCAGUGAGGAGCAGGAUUCCUACUUUUCCAUGUGAUGGACUCUGUGGAUGUCUUCUUCAGCACCUCUUCCUUUUCUAUCUGAUGGGCUUCAUGGAUGUCUUGUUCAGCACUUGCUGUUCAGAGCACGGGGGUUCUGCUGCCCCUCUGGGAGGGAAUACUGGAAUGAUUUCAGUUUGGAAAAGCUGUCCUGCUGUGGUUUUAUGUGUUUUAACUCCAUUCCCACCCUGCUGCCAAUGCUUGGCUUUUCCAUGUGUACAAAGUGGCAUUUCCUUGUCCAGGCUCCUCCCCUCUGUGUCCUGCUUGUCCUGGGAAGGAGAAAUGUACAUAGAUACCAAUGACUGCCAAGUUUUGAUUCUUUUUAAGCUAAAAUAUCUUCUGGGAUAUGCCUGUAUAAUAAAUUUAGCAGCAGUCCAGAAGGAACUGAAAUUGCUUUUAAAUUUACUCUAAGGACAACUUGAAUUUUUAUAUUUCCUUAAUGUAAUAAAGAGAAGUUUUUUUUACUCAGA